UCGACUUCCGCCAUCUUGGCCGCGCCUUUCCGAAGAGACGCGGCCAAGAUGGCGGAAGUCGAACAGAAGAAGAAACGUACCUUUAGGAAAUUCACCUACAGAGGUGUCGAUCUGGAUCAGCUCCUCGAUAUGUCCUAUGAGCAGCUGAUGCAGCUGUACAGUGCUCGCCAGCGUAGGCGUCUGAACCGCGGCCUGCGUCGUAAGCAGCAUUCCCUCCUGAAGCGCCUUCGCAAGGCCAAGAAGGAGGCCCCUCCCAUGGAGAAGCCAGAGGUAGUCAAAACUCACCUGCGAAUGAUCAUCCUCCCCGAGAUGGUGGGCAGCAUGGUCGGCGUAUACAACGGCAAAACCUUCAAUCAGGUGGAAAUCAAGCCCGAGAUGAUUGGCCACUACCUGGGCGAGUUUUCCAUCACUUACAAGCCAGUGAAACAUGGCAGACCUGGUAUCGGUGCCACCCACUCAUCUAGGUUCAUUCCUCUGAAGUAAAUGAUGCUUUGGGAAAAUGUUUUCUAUAUGUAAAUUAA